CAAGCAAGCAAGCACUGCAAACUGAGACUAAAGUAAGGCGAAGCCAGCAGGGCGAGGCAGGAGGCACAGGGGUGACGAGAGCAUCGAUCAGGAUGGCCACCAGAAGGAGCCGAAGAGGAGCCGACGGCCAACCUACACCAGACAUCGCAGAAAAAGUUAUAGACGCCACGGACGAAGAGCAAAGCAGCGACGACGAGGCGCCGGAGGAGGUCAGCGCCGCGGCGGCAACCGCUCUUGCCGGUCGCCGCCGAAAGGCGGAGCACCAGGCGCGCCAGGCGGCCGCCGCUCCGAAGAGGAAGCGAGCGCGGACAUCCUCGUCUUCGAAAGCCGUUGAUGACGGCGGCGGCGACAAGAAGGCCUCGUCCGGGGAAGGUGAGCCGGCAGACGGGCUCGAGCUCCCCUCGGACUUGCUGCUGAGGGUCAAGUCCGGUGGGUUGCAGCGCAUGGAAGCGGACGUGUUGGAGGCGGAGGAGCAGGCGGAGGCGGCGGCGGCGGCAGCGGCGGCGACCGCACCGGGCGGAAGGAGGAAGGCGAGAGCCAAGGCUGGGGAUGCCUCGCGGAGCGACAAUUUCCGACUGGUGGUGUUGGACGAGGAUGACGGUGGCGAUGAUGCCGAUGCUGAGAGUAAGGCCCACGCCGCGGAAAGUGCCAAGAACUUUCUUCGCGACCGCUUGGGGAGCCGGAAACGAGUCAGCCAUAGCUUGUUCAAAGCUCGCAAGCGGCUCGGCCCUUCGCCGAAUUUCUGAUCCCACGUUUUAUCUCGUCUCACUUUCAGUGUACUCUGCCGUUGAUUUAGUUGUAAAUGUCCGUUCGCAGCUGUUUAUUCCGUCGCUCCUUUGGCACCCUACACAGGCGCAGGUUUGACUUUCCCUGAGAUUGUCCAUGAAAAUGAAUCAGCCUGCUCAAACCUCUUUCGCGGGUGAAAAGUCGUGCGGCUUGGAUAGGGUUUCAGAGUUUUGUUCACUCGUUUCAUUGUGGUGAUACAUACACCUGCAGGUCAAGCAUAUCUUUUGGGGGGGGGUAUAGUGAUAGACCACGUCGACCGCUCUUUUGGACAAGGUGUGUAGCAGUGGCUGCCGGUGCGGUGAUUGCUGGCGCCCAGUGUAGCCGUUCACGCCUAGGCGGGGCGAUGCAUGCCAUCCGGGAGGAACUAAGUGGCAGUUGACACGGCAACACGAAACGAACAACAACUUCGAACACCAACAAUUGUUGUGUGCCCGUCUAGGUACCGUAGUCGGUGGGUUUCAGUGAGGAAGAGAGGGUUUAGUCAUGUUACGGAAGCGUGCGUUCAGCACAUUUCCAUUUGCGUCAACUAUGUGCUUCAGUGCACAUGUUUUUUAUGGUUUUUGAAAAGGGGUGUGAUGUGAAAUGUCGCCUCACUGAUGUCACGUCCUACCGUACAAUGUCCAUUGAUGUGCGUAGUUGAAUGGCUUGCGUGAUCGGCCAACUAUUGUUCUUGCUUGCGCAUGUCGAAUUUUUCUCUCUGACAGAGAACUCCGCCUUCGUUCGUGCUCGCCAUGCACGCCACCACGGCAACGUUGGUGUAGCAAGCCUUAAGCCUUGUGGCGGCGUUAUGCUGGCACAAACUAACGCCUACCUUAACUUCCUCUUUUCGGUCGGGAAGCGAAUGGCAAACGAUGUUUUCGAGCCCGAGCAAGUACCUUCGCU